GUAAUCAUAGAGCUGUCAAACAACACAAACGCCAUCUUGACAGCACCCUCAAAAUGGCAGAAAGCUGUGCGAGAGAACCCGACUCCGAACCGAGACUCACGCCGCUCGCUGUUUGAAACAAAACCCGACCGUUUUCGAAGAAACAAGUGGUUAUGGGGCUGGUGUCCAGCGCGGCAGCACAGAGCCAGUAAAAUGGACAUAACGACGGCGGUUUUCAACGCGGCCAGAGAUGGUAAGCUGAAACUUAUCCAGAAGUUGCUGAGCAACAAAAGUCCCGAGGAGCUGGAGGCUUUAGCCGAGGAGAAGACCCAGGGAGGCACGCCGCUGCUCAUAGCCUCCCGGUACGGACACCUGGAGGUCGUGGUCUACCUCCUUGAGCACUGUAAAGCUAAUGUCGAACUCGGGGGCUCGGUGAACUUUGACGGCGAGACCAUCGAGGGCGCUCCGCCGCUGUGGGCGGCUUCGGCAGCCGGUCACUUGGCUGUAGUGAAGACGCUGCUGAGACACGGCGCCUCCGUCAACAACGCGACACUCACGAACUCGACGCCGCUGCGCGCCGCCUGCUUCGACGGCCACCUGGAGAUCGUCCGCUACCUGGUGGAGCACAGGGCCGACAUGGAGGUCGCCAACCGCCACGGCCACACCUGCCUCAUGAUCUCCUGCUACAAGGGCCACCGGGAGAUCGCCAAGUUCCUGCUGGACCGCGGCGCGGACGUCAACCGCAAGAGCGUGAAGGGGAACACGGCCCUGCACGACUGCGCCGAGUCCGGCAGCCUGGACAUCAUGAAGAUGCUGCUCAAGUGCAACGCUCGCAUGGAGCGGGACGGCUACGGCAUGACCCCGCUGCUCGCCGCCAGCGUGACGGGCCACACCAACAUUGUGGAGUAUCUGGCCCUUCAGCCUCGCACCUCCAGAGAGGAGCGGGUAGACGCGCUGGAACUGCUCGGGGCCACGUUUGUGGACAAGAAGCGGGAUCUUUUGGGGGCCAUGAGGUACUGGAGAAGGGCCAUGGAGCUGAGGCAGCCGGGGGAUAAAGCUGGGUCCCUGGCAAAGCCUCCCCCCGGCCCCCCCAUCCCGGCCUACGGCUGUGCACAGGAGGUGGGCACUGCGGAGGAGCUGGAGGCUCUGAUCACAGACCCCGAUGAAAUGAGGAUGCAGGCGCUGUUGGUUCGAGAGCGCAUCCUCGGACCGUCCCACCCAGACACGUCUUACUACAUCCGCUACAGGGGCGCCGUGUAUGCCGACUCGGGCAACUUUGAGCGCUGCAUCAGCCUGUGGAAAUACGCUUUAGACAUGCAGCAGAGUAACCUGGACCCUCUCAGCCCCAUGACGGCCUCCAGUUUCCUGUCCUUCGCCGAGCUCUUCUCGUUCGUUCUCCAAGACCGGGCCAAAGGCACCCUAUCGACGCACAUCACCUUCCACGACCUGAUGACCGUGCUGGGGAAGAGUGUGAGGGAGGUAGAGAGGGCUGUGGCCCAGAGUGACAACCCGCCAGAAGCCCCUCAGUUCACCAAAGCCCUCUCCAUCAUCCUCCACCUCAUCUUCCUGCUGGAGAAGCUGGAGUGCGGCCCCGAGCAGGAGCACCAGAAGAAGCACACCGUGUACCGGCUGUUGAAGCUCAACCCCAGAGGCCGGAGCGGCUUCACCCCGCUCCACAUGGCCGUGGACAAGGAAACCACGUCGGUGGGCCGCUACCCGGUCGGCCGCUUCCCCUCCCAGGUGGUGGCGGCGCUGCUGCUAGAGUGCGGCGCGGACAUCGACGCCCGUGACUGUGAGAACAACACGCCGCUGCACGUCGCCGCCAACAACAACUGUCCCGAGAUCAUGGCGAUACUGAUGAAGGCCGGGGCUCACUUCGACGCCACGAACGCACAGAGGAAGACGGCGUACGAGUUGCUGGAUGAGCAGAGCAGCGGGCAUCCGGCCAUCUACCCGCUGAACUACGUCACCCUUCAGUGCCUGGCGGCACGUGCCAUCGAGAAGCACAGACUGCCCUACAGGGGACUAAUCUCCGAGGAGAUGGAGGCUUUCAUCGAGCUGCACUGACUUCCACCACUGUCCCCUGACGAGGACCCCCGUCCCAUCAGUACUUGUUUAAUUUAAUUUUUUUUUUGAUCCCAUAGUCCUCCACAUCAUUCUCUUCAUUUUUGUCUCCUUUUGAGUUUAGCUUCACUCCUGGCCUCACCAACCAUGUGUUAGACCAAACCAUAGCAAUAAGCAUCCUGCCAGCAGGCAUAACUCUCUGGCUGUGAUGUGGUCAGUUGUCACUUUAUACCGUGACGUAUAAAGUGAUGUGAUGGUUUUUGCAGCACAGUGAAACUUAAACUUUAAUAUAAGUUCUAAUACAUUUUUCCCUUUCCCCCCCCACUUAAAAAAAAGAGUGUUCCUGUAUAAUGGUGCUUGUGUGUGUUUGGUCACUGGGCUGUAUGCGAGAUAGGUUUUAGUGUUGCCUCUAGAAGCAUCUGAUCAAACUACCCACAUAACAGUUUAAGGGUGAACACCAUAACCCGCGUGUCGUUUUGCACGCUCACUCUGAAAGGCUGCGUUUAAACCAGCUCAACCAAACCUGCUUGCCGACAGUUACCGCCUGGUUGUACUUGUUCAUGUGUACCAUCUGCUGUGCUGCUUAUAAUGGGAAGGUGUUGAAUGUACUGUGCCAAAUGUCAGCCAUUAGGUUAUGCCCUGUUAGGAAAUGUAAAGCAAUGGGAAAAUGAGCAGAAGCUAAUCUAGCGUUCUAAUUAUAAGGAGCGAUAACCCGAAGUGAGGGAACAACCAACCGGGCUGUGACAGUUUUACAGCUUUCAUUUACAAGACUUGAAAGAUUAGGAAUGAGUGGCAUCCUAUUGAUUCAGUGAGGAGAGAUAUCACUGUUUAACUAACAGUCCCCAGUCGUCUGCACAGAUGUUUCUAACUGUUGAAAUUUGUAUUUUUAAACCUUGGUGCUACUCACAAAGGUCAAGAAAAGGCAGGAGCAGCUUCUUUGACGCUGGUUUGGUAUCAGGAACACUUGCCUCCAAACUCUGCCUACUGUGUCCAAAUGAACAACUACAGUAGCUGGGGCUAAAACCUGCCUGCACUACAUUGUAUUGAAGUAAUGUCAACAUCUGGAAUGAUUCUGGUCAAUGUUUAGUCCAGGACGCCGUAAUGUUUGUAUCGACUGGAAAAGUCACAAGUUAAUGAUGUUGCCCUUUAACCUCAGAUGCAGUUCACAGCGGUGGACCUGACGGCUCAGCGGCCACCGAUGCAUCGCAGUCUUAUUUUUUAAAGUGAUUUGUUCAUCUUGUGUUAUCAUGGACCUCUCGUCUGACCACCAAACUGAAUGCACACCGAAGAAGCUUUACACAGAGAACUUACAUUCAGGCUAUGAACUGUUGCUGCCUUUCUCUUUCUCAGCUGGUUAGUUUAACUAAUGAUAACUCAAGAACAAACGUGUGUUGAGGAUACUUGAAUAAAAUUCAGUAUCGCAACAGCA